AUGGCCGGCUACAGCGCGCCUGCAGACGAGGCCCCUGAGACACCCGCGAUCAAAGCGCCCGUGCCACUCGGCAUGUGGGACUUUGACCACUGCGAUCCGAAGCGCUGCUCGGGCCGCAAGCUCGCCCGCAUGGGCUUGGUGGAGGUGUUCAAGCUCACGCAGGUGUUCAAGGGCAUUGUGAUGAGCCCCGAGGGCACGCAGGUGGUGUCGAAGGCCGAUCUGCCGAUAAUGCAGCAGCACGGCGCGGCCAUGAUCGACUGCUCGUGGGCACGCGUCGAUGAGGUCCCGUUCAGCCGGAUCAAGGCGCACAACAACCGGCUGCUGCCAUACCUGGUUGCUGCCAACCCGGUGAACUACGGCAAGCCGUGGCGCCUGAACUGUGUCGAGGCCCUGGCUGCAGCAUUCUACAUUGUCGGGUGGGAUGAGGUCGGCGACCUGCUGAUGGAGCGGUUCAAGUGGGGCCACGCAUUCAAGGAGCUGAACGCCGAGCUGCUGAAACGGUACGCAGCAUGCGAUACGAACGAAGAGGUGCUGAAAGUGCAGAACGACUGGAUUGCGAUGAUCGACAAGGAGAACGAGCAGAGGGAGAGGUCAAAGGUCAAUGACUAUGCGGACAUUGGCGCCGGCAUUGACAGUGAGGAGGACACAGACGACGAGCUGAUGACAGCCAACCCAAACUCCAGCCGCCAUGGCGUUAACGACGUGGUUCCGUCUGACGAUGAGGAUCAGCGAUGA